AUGUUUCCUUUUCUCACAUUAAAAAUGUGCAUCUUUCCUUUUCUCUCAUUAAAUAUGUGCAUCUUUCCUUUUCUCUCAUUAAAUAUGUGUCUUUCCUUUUCUCUCAUUAAAUAUGUGUGUCUUUCCUUUUCUCUCAUUAAAUAUGUGCAUCUUUCCUUUUCUCUCAUUAAAUAUGUGCGUCUUCCCUUUUCUCUCAUUAAGUAUGUGCGUCUUCCCUUUUCUCUCAUUAAGUAUUGCUGUAUAUUUUGGCAUACCAAAAUGUGGGUUAACUAUUAUUUUCUUUUUUUUCUCCUUGCAGGUCGAACUCUACGAGGGAAAGCAUUUUAUAAUGUCCAUGGAAAGGUUUAUUGUGAAGAGGAUUACUUGUAUUCUGGUUUCCAACAAACUGCUGAUAAAUGCUGUGUGUGUGGUCACUUGAUUAUGGAUAUGUCUGUUCAUAUCUAUCUGUCUAUCUUUCUCAGUCUGUUUGUAUCUAUCUGUCUAUCUGUCUCAGUCUGUUCAUAUCUAUCUGUCUCAGUCUGUUCAUAUCUAUCUGUCUAUCUGUCUCAGUCUGUUCAUAUCUAUCUGUCUAUCUGUCUCAGUCUGUUUGUAUCUAUCUGUCUCAGUCUGUUUGUAUCUAUCUGUCUCAGUCUGUUUGUAUCUAUCUGUCUCAGUCUGUUCGUAUCUAUCUGUCUCAGUCUGUUCGUAUCUAUCUGUCUCAGUCUGUUCGUAUCUAUCUGUCUCAGUCUGUUAAAUAUCUAUCUGUUCAGUCUGUUCUAUCUCUCUCAUCUGUUCAGUCUGUUCAUAUCUAUCUGUCUCAGUCUGUUCAUAUCGAUCUGUCUAUCUGUCUCAGUCUGUUCAUAUCUAUCUGUCUAUCUGUCUCAGUCUGUUUGUAUCUAUCUGUCUAUCUGUCUCAGUCUGUUUGUAUCUAUCUGUCUAUCUGUCUCAGUCUGUUUGUAUCUAUCUGUCUAUCUGUCUCAGUCUGUUCAUAUCUAUCUGUCUAUCUGUCUCAGUCUGUUUGUAUCUAUCUGUCUAUCUGUCUCAGUCUGUUUGUAUCUAUCUGUCUAUCUGUCUCAGUCUGUUUGUAUCUAUCUGUCUAUCUGUCUCAGUCUGUUUGUAUCUAUCUGUCUAUCUGUCUCAGUCUGUUCAUAUCUAUCUGUCUAUCUGUCUCAGUCUGUUCAUAUCUAUCUGUCUAAGUCUGUUUGUAUCUAUCUGUCUCAGUCUGUUCAUAUCUAUCUGUCUAUCUGUCUCAGUCUGUUCAUAUCUAUCUGUCUAUCUGUCUCAGUCUGUUUGUAUCUAUCUUGUUCUGUUCAUAUCUAA